ACGUAUCUACGUAUACAUGUACGUAAGUAUGGAUGAAUAAUUUGGAGAAAGAAAGAGUAAUGUCGUCUAGGGUGGCAGAAAGAGUGAAAGAGAAGGUUCAGGCAGAGCAGCACCUUUCUUCACCCUCACUCAACUACCCAAGCACCUCUCUAUCUCACUCUCAAACUGCAGUUGCUCAAAUAUUUGUUACCUUUAUUUAUCUCCCUUCUCAACAUUUAUUCCUAUCCUCAUCUCUCUCAAUCUCUCUCUCUCUCAAACUCAAUCUCUCCCUAUCCUCUUUCUCUCUCUCAAUCUCUCUAUACCCUCUCUCUCUCUCUCUCAAUCUCUCUAUACCCUCUCUCUCUCUCUCUCUCUCAAUCUCUCUAUACCCUCUCUCUCUCUCUCUCUCUCUCUCUCAAUCUCUUUAUACCCUCUCUCUCUCUCCAACUCAAUCUCUCCCUAUCCUCUCUCUCUCAAUCUCUCUAUAUACCCCCCCCCCUCUCUCUCCAACUCAAUCUCUCCCUAUCCUCUCUCUCCCAAUCUCUCUAUACCCCCUCUCUCUCAAUCUCUCUGUGGGUACCAUGUAGGUGUCUCCCCACAAAAACUCUACUCCACACCAGCAUUGAUCUCUCUUCUUUUAAUACACACUUCCUAUAUAAUUAUAUAUUUUUCUCUUCUUUAGUAUGCUCACUUUUGGACUUGAUUUUGCAUUCAGGAGACCUGCAGAUGCAAACCCUUUAGACCUCAACAAUUUUCCAGCUGGUGAAGAUCACUCUUCUAGAGAUCAUGGAGUAGGAGGGUACAAGAAGAAGAAGAACGGAGGAUCCAAGGAUGAAAGUGGAAAGGUGUACGAGUGUAGGUUUUGCUCCCUCAAGUUCGGCAAAUCUCAGGCGCUGGGGGGACACAUGAAUCGCCAUCGCCAAGAAAGGGAGACAGAGACAUUGAAUAGGGCUCGGCAGCUGGUUUUCACUAAUGAUAGCCUUAUGCCUCCCACUCCCCCUCCUCAUCACUUAAUAGGGGGAGGACAAGCAGUGCCACGUGGAGGCUACCAUCCUCAUCAGCAAAUAGGUGAUCCAUACAGAGGUGUUUAUGACCACACAGCUGCGAGACUGUUCACCGGUUCUCCAUCCUCCAUCGCGCCGCCGCUUCCACCUCCACCACCGCAUUCCUAUAUGUACUCUUCGCCACCCUCAAGCCUAGGCAGCUUCCCUCCGUCUCAAUACUACAAUAAUUCACAGCACAUGAAUGAUCAGUACUUGAUUGGUCAUGUGCUGUCCGGGACCAACACGCAGCAUCCGAGCUUCGCACAGGAUAUGGCGAAUAAUUUUACUUGUGUUGGUGCACCAGUUGGGCAUGGUAAGCGUUUGGAUGCGUCGUCUAUCAUCAAGCGGUAUCAAGAUGGAUUCUAGAAUUAUUUAGAAUAUGAAUUAGGCAAUGAAUAUAGUAAUUAGUAAGUUGGCCAGCGAAUUUGUGUCAUGGAAAUUUAACAACUGAUAAUCAUCAAGAUGAAGAAUUCAGUGAAUUGAGAAGUUUUGGUUUGUUAAGUUAACUAGGGUUUGGUGUUAAGGCCAGGGAAGUUGUUUGUUGAUGCAGGACAGGAAGUGAAUGGCGUAUUGAAGUUCAUAAUCUGCAAUUUAUUGCAUUAAUUACCUAUUUCGGAUGAGGGCAGUAGGCGAAUUGUUCUCUCUUAGUCAUGAUUCAUGAUCUUGUUUUGAAAGGGUGAUAAGUAUUUACCUAAUUGUUGCAAAACAAGAUGUUCAACUCACCGAUCAGUAAUUUUAGUUAUU